CAGAUCCAAAGCAGGAGUCAAAACAACAUCUUUGCAUUUUCCAUCAGUUCCCCAUCAUCAUACAAAGGAGGAAGAAGCGGGUAAGGAACAGAAGCUCUUUCCUCUGCCCUGCCCUUUUCUGCAGCUUUGUUCCGAGACCGAGGCACCUCCAAGCUAAUGAUGGCUCUCCAGAAGGCCCUUUCAUUGCUUCUGCUCGUGCUGCUGACCCUGCUGGGGCUGGGGCUGGUGCAGCCCUCCUACGGCCAGAAUCGCAUGUACCAGCGAUUCCUGCAGCAGCAUGUGGACCCUGGUGUGACAGGUGGCGAUGAUAACUACUGCAACUUGAUGAUGCAAAGACGGAGGAUGACUCGGUUUCACUGCAAGCAAUUCAACACCUUCAUCCACGAGGACAUCUGGAACAUUCGUAGUAUCUGUAGCACCACCAACAUCCAGUGCAAGAACGGCAAGAUGAACUGCCAUGAGGGUGUGGUGAGCGUCACAGACUGCAGGGAUAUAGGAAGCUCCAGGGCCCCCAACUGCAGAUACCGGGCCCGGGCCAGCACUAGGCGUGUUGUCAUUGCCUGUGAGGGUAACCCGGCAGUGCCUGUGCACUUUGACAGAUAGAUGCUACCCUGCAGGGGUUAUGGCCCAGUGGUUGACCUUUAACUUACACCUUGAAUAGCAAUGAGUAAUGCAUCUGAGCUAUCUCAGGCUCUGUCUCCUCUGCUUAUGUCUACUCCUUUUUCUUUAUAUAAUCCAUUCUGUUAAAUGCAUCAAAGAGAACUGGAGACAUAAACUUAUAAUGGGACUGGGCUUUCCUGCAAUAAACUUUUCAGUAGA